GUCAAAUUUCAAUUCACUUUCUUUUGUUCAAUCUCCUCCACAUUUUCCCUCUUUUUUCUUCUUCUUCUUCCUCCCUGUUCUGUUAACCUAAUACUCGUAAAUCAUUUCUUUAAAUUUUUUCAAUGACUUAGAUUCAGCUACUGAUAAUGAAAGCAACUGUCAACUAUCAGGUUCCGCUCCCUCAACUCUGCCCUUGUAGUAGCAGCAGCAGCACACUUUUUAAUCACAAUUACCAAUUCUCCAAACGAAGAAGAAAAUACAAUUCUCUAAUCUCAAGAAAUACAAAAUCCCGAACCGUCGUCGGCAGUGUUGAAUUGAAACAGAUUGCCGAUGACGAAGGAGAAGAGAUUUCACAGCCCAUUUCUUCAAAUUUCACAUCAUCAUUUGCGGAAGAAGAUCCAAUGGUACAUAAAUUACGGACGCAGCUAGGAGUGCUGCACCCAAUCCCGUCUCCGCCGCCUAUUAACAGAAACAUAGUUGGAUUGUUCGUGUUUUUCUUCUUUGUUGGAGUUGCUUUUGAUAAGCUGUGGACUUGGAGGAACCCUAAAAACAGCAAAACCAGUAGUAGUAAUAAUAAUAAGCAAGGGGGUCCGUGGCCUCAAGUACCCACUAGUUUUUCAUUGUUUUUGGAGAAGGAUUUGCAGAGGAAGGAGUCUGUUGAAUGGGUGAAUAUGGUGUUAGGCAAGCUAUGGAAGGUUUAUAGAGGUGGUCUUGAGAAUUGGAUAAUUGGGUUGUUACAGCCUGUUAUUGAUAAUCUACAAAAGCCUGAUUAUGUUGAGAGAGUUGAGAUCAAACAGUUUUCUUUGGGUGAUGAACCUUUGUCUGUUAGGAAUGUUGAGAGACGAACUUCUCGACGAUCUAAUGAUUUGCAGUAUCAAAUAGGACUCAGAUAUACCGGCGGUGCACGCGCUCUGCUAAUGCUUUCCUUGAAGUUUAGCGUUAUUCCUAUUGUUGUACCCGUUGGUAUUCGAGAUUUUGACAUAGACGGUGAACUGUGGGUCAAACUGCGGUUAAUACCAACUGCACCUUGGGUGGGAGCUGCUUCAUGGGCUUUUGUGUCUCUUCCAAAGAUCAAAUUUGAACUAUCACCAUUCCGCUUGUUCAAUUUGAUGGCAAUACCUGUUCUCUCAAUGUUUUUGACAAAGCUUCUGACUGAGGAUUUGCCGCGAUUAUUUGUUCGUCCAAAGAAGAUUGUAUUAGAUUUUCAAAAAGGAAAAGCAGUUGGCCCUGUUGCAAAUGAUUUCAGAUCAGGAGAAGUGCAAGAAGGAAACAAUGAUUUUGUUGGAGAGCUGUCAGUUACUCUUGUAGAUGCUCGGAAACUUUCAUAUGUCUUCUAUGGUAAAACUGAUCCAUAUGUUGUUCUGAGCCUUGGAGAUCAAACAAUUCGUAGUAAAAAGAACAGUCAAACAACUGUAAUUGGUGCUCCUGGAGAGCCAAUAUGGAACCAGGAUUUUGAUAUGCUUGUUGCGAAUCCUAGGAAACAAAAAUUAUGUAUUCAAGUGAAAGACUCCCUUGGAUUUACUGAUCUGACUAUUGGAACUGCAGAGGUUGAUUUAGGUUCGCUUCAAGACACUGUACCAACAGACAGGAUUUUAGUUUUGCAAGGUGGUUGGGGACUGUUCAGAAAACGAUCUUCUGGAGAGAUUCUACUUCGACUGACAUAUAAAGCAUAUGUUGAGGAUGAAGAUGAUGACAAAUCUGCAGUGGAGUCUAUUGAUACAGAUGCUUCAGAUGAUGAAUUGUCUGAUUCUGAUGAAUUAAAUGUGCCUUUGGAUUCAAUGGCUAGGGAAUCUUCUAAUGAAUCUGAUAAAGAGUCAUUUAUGGAUGUUCUAGCUGCUUUAAUAGUGAGCGAGGAAUUUCAAGGGAUUGUGGCAUCUGAGACAGGAAGCAAUAAAAUUUUUGACGAUGUCUCAGCUGCAGGACCACGUGGUCGUAAUGCUGAAUCAGUGCCUUCCAAUACCAACAGCAGUUCUGAAGGUUCUGGAGGAUCAGUUAUAGUUUGGCUUGCUAUUUUAACAAGCAUAUUGGUGCUAAUAGCUAUCAGUGUGGACGGUUCUAGUUUCUUCAACCCUUAAUAUGCCAAAAAUAGUAUACAGAUAGGUGGCUUAGUACUCCUGCUUAAGAAGGAGAGGAAAUAGUUUUCAUGACUUGAAAAAGGGGUAAGAAUCAAAUGGAUGCCUUAUCCCUUGGCAGCUAUAGUAUGAGAGGAAUGGAUACCGUAUCUGAGCCUUUCAGGUUCUAUUGCAGGUUGUGCAGUGAUCCCCCCUACUCGCAUCACAUGAUACACAUUAUUGAUAAUAAAAGAGGACUAUUCUUUCGGCGGCGGCAGCAAAUUUUUGAUUAUAUAAUUUUUGGAGGUUUCACAAGUGAUUUAGUUUAGUUUUUAUGUGUUAUCUAUUGAACAAAGGGUCAACGCGCCCUCUAAAUUUGUGACACAGGAUCAUCUAACCCAUUUUAUACUUUUUUGAGCAACUAACCCCAAAACUCUUCAUUUUUGGGUCAAAUAACCCAUAAUUGUAUUUUUAAAAUGCGUAAAAUAUAAAUCGGAGGUGAAGGAUGCAAAAAAAUAAUUAGAUAUUUUCCUAAUUGUUGCGGUAUAAUAAUUUUAAAUCUAUUUUUUAAAAAUAAAAAUAUAAAUUAUGGGAUUAUUUGACCCAAAAAUAAAGAGUUUUGGGGUUAGUUGCUCAAAAAAGUAUAAAACAGGUUAGAUGACCCCGUGUAACAAGUUCAGGAGGCGCGUUGACCCUUUGUUCGUUAUCUAUUUGGGUUAGUUUACUCAAAGCUCAGUGAUUUUUAAGCAUAGGUUAUAUUUAUUCAGUUUAGGUUCUUUCAAUUUUUAUUUUAUCCUCCAAAGUCAAUUUGUCAUUGUAUUUUUGUUCUUGACAUAUUUUCUUUUAGAACUAAAAUUAGUUAUUUUACUUUUUUUU